UAUACCCUUUUUUACGCUGUACUGCUCCUAAAAAAAUAAACUGAACCGAAAAUGUCCGACAGUUCCGAGACAGCGAACAUAAUGUUGCUCGGGAAAGGCGAUAGCUUACAUCAACAGGUUCUUGCUUCUUUUCCUCUGUGUGACCUGRUGGAGGAUGAUUUGACCCAGAAUCCUCAGUUCUGCAAACUCCUUGCCACGCUGACACAACACGUGGACAAAACUGGACUCACCGUCUCUCUACAAACAGAACUGGAAAAGGCCGAGCAGAAACUACAGAACCAGAAGCGUCAGUGGCUUUGCUGCGAGAGCCUGUACAGAGGACUGCAGGAGAUGAUACAGGACCACUGUGUCAGGAAGCACCGAGCCACUGUUUCCCCUGACCAGAACAUGUUUUAUGAGACAUUGCAGAGGUGUCUGCUGGUUGCCAAGUGUGCCAAGCAGUUAGAAACCAGCAGCUCCACAAACCAGGACCAGCUUCCUGUCCUGGCCCUGACACCCCAACACGUGAUGGAGCUGAUGCCUGCAAAAACGAAUGUACAGAGUAUGAAGCAAGCUCUGCUCAAAACGCUGGAGGUGCAUCUGAAGGAAAAAUGUCUGAGCCUUCUUUCUUACUGUCAGCCUGAAUGCGAGAACGAGAGUGAGAGUCUGAAGACCAACAAGCUGCUUCAUCUUUCAGCACUGCUGGAUAAAGAAAAAACAGAAACAGAGACUCUGAAGGAGACGUAUCGAAAGAACACAGUCCUUCUGCAAAGGCAGAUCCAGCUGUACCUCUCUGAGCUGAUUAAGUGCAUUCAGCUUCUCCAGUCUCUCAUCUUGGACCACCGGCUGACCAUCCAAACAGAUCUGGACAGGAAGAAAUUAGAUUACUUUGAAGGCAAAUGUGAAUUAGUCUUGCAGAAGAUAAAAAGUGAGAUGGUGAAACUUCAGCUGGACACCUACACGGCUGACACAAUUUCUGCUCACAGAAAAAUAAGGGAGAAGUUGGAGUUGGAGCUGAAGGCCAGUAAAGAAGAGAAGCAGGCUGUCGAGAUGAAGCUGUCGUCCUUUAAGAUUCUGGGCAGGGAGUUUGAGGUUUUGGCUGACAAGUACUUUAAGUUACGGCAAGAGAUUGACAUGAAGAAGUGGGCUCUGAAGGAACUGAGCCACUACAAUGAGAAGUAAAGGUAUUGUUUGAUGCUGAUCUGGCAGCAUCAUGUUGCUCAUGGGAUGAUUAAUAUUUGUAACUCUGCCGUGUUACGGAAGUUUGACUGUUUUUUUUACGUAAAUUUGCUAAUAAAUUUAAUUUUCCUAAAGUAA